UUAGUCUAGCUAAUGGGAGGCGAGACAUGAGCCUUGGGUGAGCGUUCAUUUGCUGUCCUUGAUUGAGCGGUGUGUUCUGAGGGGCGUGCCCCACCAUUUUAAUAUCCCAUAUCCUCUCUGCCACGUUGAGGAGGCAGUCCAAGACCAAGAGCUUCUAUCCUCAGCCUUGAGAAUAGCACACCAACACAUUGGACGCAUCCACCCUCGGCGUUCUCGACAGCAUCUCAGCUUGUUGCGAUGGUCCAGCUCAGUGAGCUUAACCGCGUCGCCAUCGCAGAAAUCUGCGUGUACACACCAUCCCUCUUCAUCGCCAUCCUCCUGUCCAUCCGCCACGGCUUUGGCCGCAGCUCGGGCUGGAUGUAUCUGAUUCUUUUCUCCGUCAUGCGCAUCCUGGGGAGCGGGCUCCAGCUGGGCACGAUCGAUGAUCCAACGAACGUCAGCCUCUACAUCGGCGCCAGCACCCUGCAGAGUAUUGGCCUGUCCCCCUUGAUCCUGACCAUGCUGGGCCUGCUGAGCCGAGUUCUCGGCAGCAUCCGCCAGAACCGCACCACGCUGAUCACCCCAAGGCACAUCCGUCUGGUCCAGAUUCUAGUUCUCGUCGGCCUCGUCAUGGGUGUCGUUGGCGGCAGCAAGAUGGGCAGCGUCGUCAGCAGGGCCAUCGAGGAUGGAAACCGCAACUAUGCGAUCCCGGGUGCGACCCGGGCGGGACUGGCCCUCACGAUAUCCGGCUACGGCAUCCUCACCAUCGCCACCUCCUCCACCGGCUUCCAGGUCCGGUCCGCCGAGCCGGGCGAGAAGCGGCUCCUUCUGGCCAAUGCGCUCGCACUUCCGUUUAUGCUCGUCAAGGUCGUGUACUCGUGCCUCGCGACCUAUACCACCGAGCCCAACUUCAGGGCCUUUGGCGGCUCCAUCGCGACCUAUACGAACUACCUGUUGGGCAUGUCCGUCAUCAUGGAGAUGGCUGCCGUGGCCAUCAUCGAGGGCAUUGGCUUGACCCUACAGCGGGCAACCGUAGGGCAGAAAGAGGCGGAAACCCCUCUGGGUACAGUUACUUCACCACCAACAUAUAGUUCCGAACCAGUUCCUACACCGUCUCAUUAUCAGGAAUCCGGCGUAGAGCGCGUGUGAGUUGGUGGCUCCCAGAAGCAAGAUUGUGUGUGCUGGUUUGUUUUUUUCGCCCAUUUUUUCUUCUCUUAUUUGGAAGAAGGGGCUUCUUAUUCAGUUCGAUAUAUACCCAAUAGAGUAGGCCCUGCAGCCACGGCGGUUGUUGGAAUGCGCGCUGCGAGAAAAGAGUUCGAGGACAAAUUAGUUAUUUCUUUUUCUUACGUAUAUGCCACAUACACGCCACGUUUAUACCUCUUGGCAGAGCGUCAUUACAUGACACGAACACAGUCCGACUCAUUUCGCAGAGCCAUCGAUGGAUUCGACCGUAGGCCGACUCCUACCUGUGUAUCACUAACACUCAAGCACCUUCCGUGCUACCUUAGGUAGGUACCUACGUGUAGAUAAGGUAAGGCUGAACGAUAGCGCCGGGAUUUCCCAACCGGGGACGACGGUGCGUCGUUUUGAAUGCGAGCGCGUUAUGU